ACAGUUUAAAAUUCUAGGUCAGUUUGUUGAUAACAUCAACUAGACGUUUUUUUUUUGAAAAUACAAAAUUCUUAGUAGAUUUUCUACUCACUGGAAAAUGCUCAAAUCAUGAUACAAAAUUCAAUUUUCUAAUCUCGAGUGCUUUCCUCUUAAGACAAACUUAUAUCAGUAUAUGUACUAGUUAAUGCCACAUAUGAAUUUUCAAAAAACAAAGGUCUCGAUUGUCAUUGUUAAUUACUUCUAUAAAAUCCAAUUGAAUUAAACUCAAUAAAAAAAGGAAAAAAAAAUUUUUAUUUUUAUUUUUAGUUCAAAAUUCCUGAAUGUCGUUUAGGCGAUGAUUUCCAAUCAUUACUUGAUAAUCCUGUUUAUUCUGAUGUUACACUUGUUUGUGGUCAUAAAGAAUUUCCCGUACAUAAAGCAAUACUUAGUGCUCGAUCAAAAGUAUUUCAAGCUAUGUUUGAACAUAAAAUGUUAGAAAAUGAACGUUCACGUGUAGAAAUUGAAGAUAUUGAUGGUGAUAUAAUGCUCGAAAUUCUUCGUUUUAUAUAUACGGGUAGAAUACAAAAUAUUGAUAAAUUAGCAGAUGCACUUUUACCAGCUGCUGAUAAAUAUUGUUUGGAAAGACUUAAAGUUCAAUGUGAAGAAACAUUAUGUACAACAAUUGACAAAGAUAAUGUUGCCGAUAUACUUAUACUUGCUGAUCUUCAUUCAGCAACACAACUUCGACAACAAUCUAUUGAUUUUAUUAAUACACAUCUACAAGAUGUUUUAGAAACUAGUGGCUUUCAAACAAUGAUUCAUACACAUCCGCAUCUAUUAGCUGAUGCAUAUCGAGCGAUGGCUUCAUUACAAAAUAAUAUUAUUUGUCCACCAAGAAAAAAACAAAGAACUGUAUAA